GAUUUGCGCGCGGCGUCGCGCGAACGCACGCGUCCGCGUCUUCGGACUCGCGGUCACUGCCAUUUGUUUGCGCCUCGCACGCUCCGGGCAGCCUCCACUACCCGCAGCACGCCCGACAGUCUCACAAGAUGUCGGACUCGGACUCGAGCAGCUACGGCGUGUACGCCGAGGACGAGACCUUCGAGCAGAUGAUGGACCGGAUGGAGAGCCGCGACACGAGCGACGAGGAGGGCAGCGACAAACCAACACAAAGGCGCUACUCCGUCGCGCUCGACGGCGCGGCGAGCUUCUCGGUCUGCGACCGCAGCAAGCGCAGCGUCGCCCUUCGCCGCGCCAUCGCCUGCUUCGCGGACUACGAGCCGCCCUUCGACUCGGACCAGACGUCGGCCAUGUUCGAGGACGCGCUGCCGGCGGUCGCGCGCGGCGAGGGCGCCUUCGAAGUUACGGAAGGGCACCGGCACCUCUUCGUGGGCGGGACGCUCGUGCAGGUCGCGGCGCGUAUGGUGGAUGCGCCCCUCGCCGCCGUCGAGGCCGUCAUCUGGGGCGAGUUGCUCGCGCGCGAAGGCGCGACGUGCCUGCGCCGCCUGUCGGACGACGAGCUCAUCUACGUCCAGCGGCGCGAUAAUGGAGACGCCGUGGUCCACGCACGCAUCACGCGGGCCGACGUCGUCGUCAUCGCGUGCUGCUCUGUCGAGUGCGACCUCGCGCCGGCGACGCGGGUCCUGCCGUUGCAGGGCUACGUCCUCGCCGCGAACGGCGGGACGACUCAAUUGACGUGGGUGCGCGAGGCCGACGUCGCAGACGCGUCUGCUUUACAUGCGGUGCUCGCGGCGAACGACGCGCGCGUCGAUAUGCUCGUGGCACGUUGUGUCAAAUAAGUGUGCAAGU